CUCGCCUGUUCUGCGCGUCAAGUCUCCUACAAUCUCUCCGCGCGCUGCCUCCGAUGCAGAGGCGAGGAGAGGAGGAAGAGGCUGCGCGAGCACCCAGACAUGCCGAGUUCCAUGCACUACACCCCGCAGACCAGUAGCAAUAGCAGGCCAUCCAGAGCGUCCAGUCGCGGCCCGGGCCCGAGGGCGAGCCAGAAGAGCGACAACCACAGCAACGAGGAUGAAUCGAUGCGGGCCAGCGUAGAGCGACCAACGAGGGGCCACUCGCGAGACUCAGCGUACUCGAGAUCCGACACCACCAUGCGGGGCGGCAGCCAUGAUCGACUGAGCAGCCCCCCGCAGGCCGCGUCGUCCUCGAGAGCAUCCCGCAUGGCCAAACUCCCGUCCUUCGAUCGCCUGGUGUGCGCGGCGGUGGCGCGGCUCAAGGGCCGCAAGGGCUCGUCCAUCCGCGACAUCGCCAAGAACGUCAAGAGCAAGUAUGCGGCUGCGCCAUCUGCCCUGCUCAAGGGCAGCUCGGCCAAGAUCUCGUCCGCUGCCCGGCGCCUGGUGCGCGAGGGCAAGCUGGUGCGCGUAGGCAACCAGUUCAAGCUGGUGCGCGGCCGCCGGGGCGCUCGCCCGAACCACGACGACGAAGACGCCGCGCCCCGCGGCAGGCGGCACCGGUGCAGCCACCACAACGCGGCCUCGUCGCGCCGGCGCGGGCCGCGCGCCAACCAGAGCAGAAGCACAAGCCGCAGCAGGAGCCGCGGCCGGCGCAGGCGUAGGCGACGGCACAGGAGGCGCAGGGGUAGGCGUCGGCGCGGGCGCAAGCGAGGAAGCGGAGAAGGGUCUGUGAGCGCGGGCAGGAGGAGGAAAAAGGGCGGCAUGCGCUCUCAGAAGCGCCGGGUCUCGCACGGCCGCAAACACCCGCACCGCAGAAAAUACACUAGAGGCAAGCGACGGGUCAAGCACUCGUACAGUGGCCGCGCCAAGCCCGAGACGAAGUCCCAAGAGAACGAGGGUCCCAGCAAGGGUGGUGGCGGAUGGUUUGGAGGCUGGUUUGGAAGAGGGAGCAACAAGGGGCAGAGUAGCAACAGCGGCCAAGGCAGCGGUGGCGGCGGCAACAAGAGCGGCAACAAAGAGACGGGGACGAAAUAGCGAGGACCGGCCAGAGCUAGGAUUGUUUUACGUGUUUUCAUGUACGACUGUACCGCUCGUGACAUCUCAGGUUUCUCUCUCGGCCGCGUGAUUUCGAAUCCGUUCGAAUUUGAAACCGUUGGCGCUCAACACAUUCCGAGGAGAGAGAGAGAUAGAGAGAGACAGGGAGGGAGGUCUCUAGAGACACUCUUGCGAACCAAGAAUCAAGAACCAAAAACCCAAAGCAUCGAUCCCGCGCCGUACCUUGGCAAGAUACGAGGAAAGGCGACCGUGCCACCAAGACUGUGUCCGCCAUCGCGGGUUGCAAUUGACAUCCGGGGCGCAUUAUUCGAUCUGCUGCGCGCUUCUAAUCUCGGGCAAUUUUUUGGAUGGAUCAGAAGCCUCUGAAUCGCUUCGCUCUCGUUCUUCAUCGUCCUCGUCCUCCUCAGGCCUCGCUCGACCUUCCUCGCUACGUAGCUACGUUAGUUAGCUUGCUAGCAAGCCUCGCAAUCGAUCAUCUACUGAUCAUUCAUGACUGUUGUAAAUUCAUUCACUACGGUAGUCCAUCUUCUGGUUUUUUAUAAUCUCCAAUAGUCGAAAAGAGACCUACAAGCCCCACUCUCUAUCGAUAGAAAUCGCAGCAUCUUCAUCUACCUCUUACUGCCUGAACCUGGACACUUGAUUCCAAAUCCCCGUCUGGUGCUACGCAAGCACCACGUCUGGGUGAUGAACUUGUGAAGGUCGACCCUUGAGAUGAUUCUGAAGGUCGACUUCUGAGGGAGGACUUGAAGGCAGCGGUGAUCGGAGGGAAAGAAUACUUAGAACUUAGUCCUCCAUGUAGCUGAAGUAUGCGUGCGGUAGGAUGUUGCUGCUGUCGAUCACGAUUGCGAAAUUCGUUACGCACAAGACAUCAAGUGGAUGUUCAAAGUUAGGGUGAAGUGAAACCGAGAAGCUAUCAUGUUCACUCGGUUUCAGUGUCCACGGGCAUGCAACUCGCCAUCUAUCUUGAGCGUUGAAUUGAUUCUAUUCAAUUAUA